AUGAAUAAGAACCCGUGCAGCAAAAGGCGCUGUCGUGACGUACCAGAAUGCCGAUCCUUCUCCGAACUUCUUGAAGGUGACGGCUCGACCUUUCCUGCAGCCGUGCCCGUGAACGUGACAGAGGACGUGGCGGUACUGCCGUACUCCAGCGGUACCACGGGCUUACCAAAAGGAGUGGUUCUAACCAAUAACAACAUCGUCGCCAAUCUCAGACAAAUCAUACACAAGGGGAUGCUAGAAUUUAACCGCCAGGAGGACUGCCUGAUCGCACAGUUACCGUUCUUCCACAUCUACGGGAUGGUAGCCGUGCUGUCCAACUGUCUCCGUCAGGGAGUCAAGAUCGUCACCAUUCCACGGUUUGAGCCUGAGCUGUACCUGCGCGUUAUUCAAGAUUACAAGGUAACCCGGGUGAUGAUGGUUCCUCCUAUAGCCCUGUUCCUGUCCAAACACCCGCUAGUGGACCAGUACGACCUGUCUCAUGUGAAGGAUCUGAUGUGCGCUGCAGCACCGAUGGGCAGAAACCUCACCAUGGCUCUGAGGGACAGACUGAAUCCUCAAUCUCUCAGACAAGGAUACGGACUAACCGAGACUAGCCCUGUCACACACCUCUGUAUGGAAGACGAGUUCGCACCUGGCGCAGUCGGUAUCAUCAUACCAAACACGGAGAUUAAGGUGAUUCAUACAGAGACUGAGGAAGCUCUUGGAGAGGGACAAGACGGCGAAAUCUGUGUCCGUGGACCGCAGGUCAUGAAAGGCUACCUGAACAACCCUGAAGCAACGGCGGGGUGUAUUGAUGCUGACGGCUGGUUCCACACAGGUGAUAUCGGACAUUAUGACGACAAGGGAUACUUCUUCAUCGUAGAUCGUCUGAAGGAGCUUAUCAAGUAUAAAGGACUGCAGGUCGCACCUGCAGAUCUAGAGGCUGUUCUGCUCGGCCAUCCCGGGGUGCAGGACGUGGCCGUUAUCGGGCUAGCCGAUGAGGAGGCCGGGGAGGUGCCCAAAGCGUUCGUCGUCAAGAAGACAGAUGACGUCACGGAGCAGGAGAUCGUAGACUAUGUCGCAGGCAAAGUGGCACCAUUCAAGAAGUUACGCGGCGGAGUUGAGUUCGUGAAUGAAAUCCCAAAGUCUGCCAGUGGGAAGAUCUUGCGGAGGACUCUCAGGGACAAGUCAAGAAGCUAACUGGUUUUCUUUUUAAGCUAGACCGGUGGGUUUAUAUCAGAAUAAACAGGAGCUA